UUACUCUUUCGGACUGACCUGCAGCUCUUCAAUUGACCCAAUUCACGCCCUUGGUACGCCAUAACAUCUUGAAAUCAGCCCAGGGGCAGCUGUGUCUUUGAACAACACCACAAAACGAGAUCCUAGUCGUGAACAAGCUCUACCAUGGCUUCCACGUUGCGAAAGAGAGACUCAAUGGAGGCCAGUGCCGAAACACCACUCUCUACCAAGCCCUCCAGCCCUCGUCUUGACGCCUCGCAACCCCAGAAGAAGAUUGGCCUCACAUCCCUCCCACCUUCAGUCCGCAACACGAUCUACAAGUAUGCCCUUGACACCGAGCUCGUCAACACCGGUCUACCCAAUGUGUCCUACACCCACACUCUCGACAGUGCCACCGGACUUUUGAAAUUCAAAGCCUCGCGACCCCCCUUCCCCGUAGAAACGAGCUUGUUCCGGGUGAACAAGCUCAUCAGCGCCGAAGCCCUGCACUUCUUCUACCCCUCGAACCUCUUCGUGCGCCUCAGCAUCCUCACUUCCGAUGCGCGCCACGCGAAAACAAUGCUUGUAGACUCCGGACUCCUCUUCGCUGCAUCCUCCCCCUCGGCGCUCGAAAUCAGCACGCUCCACGCACUCGACAUCUCGCUCGUGGAAAAAGGAAGCGAGAGGAAACGAGCGGUAGUCAUGUUCCCAGCGCAAUACCUCCCCCGCCUUAUCAACUUCCUCCGCUCAGCCGGCGAAACGACGAAGACCUGGGGCAUCACACGAUCCCUCCACCUCUCCGUGCUGAACAGUUACUCCUUCCCCACCUCCCGCCUGCAAGGCGAUCUCCUCGAGCCGUUCCGCGUGCUCAAAUCCCUCUCUGCCGUAACGAUCUCGCCCUCCCACACGCUGCCGCACUACACAACCGGCCUCAGCGCGAGCAUGACGAUCAAGGCGUUCGAGACACAGCGCUGGCUCGACACUAUCACCGAGCUUGCAGACCUGAGCGAUGUCGCAAGAAUCACGACUGAGAACGGUGUUGCGGACUACGCCUUGAGUGUCGAGUACGCACAAUCCGUCAUCAUAGCACUCACCUACGGCUUCCUGACCUCCGCCGAGGCGAUCCACGGCCCCACACACGCGGAGGAAAAUUUCAAGGCCAUCCAGCGGCUGCGCUGGCGCGUCGAGUUGGGGUUGGGUAUUGCGUUGACGCUGCAGCAUAGGGCUUUGGAUAGCCAUAAAGACUGGCUCGGCGAUACUAAUUUGGAAGCGCGGAAGAGGAAAGAAGCGGCGAGGGAUUUGUUGCUUGCGGAGAAGAGUAUUUCCAAGGCGCUGAGUCUGGCGACAGACUCCCCUUCUCCAGCCGAAAAUCCUUGGUAUCUGAGUUUGCCGGUUGAGCUGAUUCCGCCAAACAAACAAACCUGGUUUACCGAGGGCGAGAGGGCGCAGACGUGGUACGCGUUAGGCGUCGUACAUACCUCUCUCGGUGAAUACCUUUUCGCCGCUGGUGCGUUUGAGCGGGCGCUGGGGAUGUGGGGCUCGAACGAAGGGAUCGAGAAAGUGGAAGUUGCAUUCGAAAAAGCCAGGAUGGGUAUCGAAAGUGACAGAGAAGGCAUGUUCAAAGGGCACGUACAACCCGGGAGUGGUUUGCGUCGGGCAGCUCGGGUUGCGCAAUUGAAGGCGGAUGGGUAAACGCUUGUGGAUAGCAACGGGUUGAGGAGAGGUCAGAUAUAUACACAACAAAGCCGUCCCUAGUCGUUCAUGUUACGAAACCCGAGCUGUUAGACCGACCUUACACCCACCCAGCCCCGUACAAGUAAUACUAAACUUCUCCCUCCACUCUUCAAAGUCCUUCCUCUCAAUCUCAAACCCCUGCACCAGUCUCACAACAACAUACAUAGUCUCCGUUAGCGCGAAGUUCUACAUCCAAACGUCAGCAACCACACUCAAAUCCGUAUACGAUAUACUCACCUGUCCAAUACACACUCUCGGCCCGCCAGAGAAGGGUACAUAUGCCCAUCCAGGCCUAAACCCCGGCUCCAGCCACCUCUCCGGCCUAAACAUCUCCGCAUCCUGCCCAAAAAGAU